AUGCAGUGCAGGCAGACGGCGCAGGCUCAGCCGUGCUAUAAAAAGGCAUAACUUGCGGGAGGGAGGGCUGCCGUUCAACAGGAACUGUGCUUGCUUUGCUGGUGGGGAGAACCAGUGGGUCGGUGGCCAGCCCCUCGCACCGGGAGAUCUAGAGACAGGAUACUCAGGACAGACAAGAUCAAAGAUGCAAAAAUCAUCUUCGUGGUCGGCGGGCCCGGGUCAGGCAAGGGCACCCAAUGUGCGAUGGUGGUGAAAAAGUAUGGCUACACCCACUUGUCGUCGGGUGAUCUGCUGCGUGCUGAAGUGGACUCGGGCUCCGAGAGGGGCAAGCAACUACAUGCCAUCAUGCAGAGGGGAGAACUCGUGCCUCUGGAAACGGUACUGGACAUGAUUAAGGACGCCAUGAUCGCCAAGGCCGAUGUGUCCAAGGGCUUUCUCAUCGACGGCUACCCCCGCGAGUUGAAGCAGGGCGAGGAGUUUGAGAAAAAGAUUGGUAAACCGUGCCUACUACUGUACGUGGACGCCAAGUCGGAAACCAUGGUCAAGAGACUCCUGAAGCGCGGCGAGACCAGCGGCCGCUCCGACGACAACGAAGAGACCAUCAAGAAGCGUCUGGAUCUCUACUACAAGGCCACCGAGCCCGUCAUUGCUUUUUAUGAGAAGCGCGGCAUUGUCAAGAAGGUGGACUCUGAACUUCCGGUGGAGGAGGUCUUCACCCAGGUCUCCAAAGCUAUUGAUGCACUGUAG